UUUGCUUUUCUUAUUUGCAGUAACUCCCCGAUGUUUGAGUCCAAAGGUCUCAGUGAGGUUCAAUAUUUAAAGCCAGUCCCAGAACACACAGACCGCACUAUAAGACUCCAUUCUCUGACCAGCAUUCAAUCCUGUUCUCCAGCCAUCAUGAGAUUUCUGGUUGUAGCUUCAGUUGUGUGCGCCCUUGCAGCCGUGCUAGAUGCCCACUGCUUCCGUGUAGCUUUGAAACCAGGAGCAACUUCGUGUCAGGAUACCGUGGACAACACGUGGCAUGACGUAGGAUCCAGCUGGAGAAACAGCCAAUGCAUGGACUGCCAUUGUGGUGGAUGCUGCGCAAAUUUCAUGACGCCUCAAAGCUAUCCCGAUGACUGCGUGUCCGAGUUCGAUUCGGAGGCUUGUGAAUUUAAAGUACACAAGAAGACUGACCCUUCAGUAGCAUGCCCCAUCUUCACCGCUACAGGAUAGUAAUCAGGCAGAUGAUUGGUUGGUUGCAUGUACGGUCUGGUUAUUUACAGUGUGCUUUAAAAAGUUUGAACUGGGCUCGAACAGUUCUACCUGAGUCAUGCAAAAGUCAAAAAAUAAAGUCUGUUCAAGUCUGUUCAUGGGACUUUUAUCAUGCAACAUUAAAACCAGUUUAAUUUAA